AUGCUCACUCCAACACCGGUGCCAUCCUCCACUACUCCUUCUUGUGAAGUUGUUUACUCAGAACAAAUGGUACCAUCUGCAGAUCAGCCGUCUAGCGGUGCUGUCAGCGACUCUUCAAUAGCCGAGCCGUCUCAUGGUCUCGUUCUUCCGAACGAGCUUCUUACCAUGAUUGCUGGCGAGUGCGACCCAGCCGAUCUGAAGAACAUGCGCUUGGCCUCGCGACUCAUGCACCAAAUCUCGACUCGGCCUUUCGCGCGCAAAAGCUUCUCUCGUCGUCGCUUUCUCUUCACCUAUCAGAGCAUGAAAGCGUUGGUUGAUAUCACGGCUCAUCCGACCUUUGGAACCCAUCUUAGGUGCAUCUCCUUUGGCACCUAUCGCAUGAUCGAAGACCCUGAACGACACGAUUUUCCUGGUCAAUCUGAAGAUUGGUUAGCUCGUUACCGUUCAGUCGAAGCGAUACAUCGACGUUUCCGCCAGCGCGAUCAGCACAUCGAAAUGCUUGUGCUAGCUCUCAAGAAUCUUAUCACAUGCCAAAACAAUACGGUGAUCCUAGGAAUUCAUGAUGACUUCCACCGCGACGAGUACAGACGUCGAGGUUAUGCCUUCCAGGCUUCGUACCAAGAUCUCGAUGCCCUCGAAGUACACUCGACCGCAGCGCUCGAUGCGGUGUUGACGGCCAGGCGGCAGAGUGGAUUUCCACUCACGGCACUAAAGUUGUGUCUCUCUGAAGCGUCUGAGAGCCUAUCAGAACUGGCGCUGGAACCAAACACUGUGCUCGAUUCGGUCCUACCCUCUCAAAUCUCGGUAUCUACAACAGCACUGGACUUCCAUGUCAACGUCUGGCAAGAAGAAGGAUCUCAUGCAAAGGUGAAGAUUUUAUCAAAGUUCACUCGUCUCGAGUUGUCGAGACUCAGCAUAGACGCCCAGGAGUUGUCCAGAAGCUCUCUCAAAGCGCUCGACGAAGAUUCUUACGGAAGAAUUUGGGAGACCAUCAUCUCAUGUCCGUUACAAUCUAUCUCUCUGGAAAGAUCAGAUGCAGAUUCCCAUCACUUUGUCCAUUUCCUCCAGAAUCACAAGGACCGACUGAAAACGCUCAAGCUUCGUCAGGUGCGUAUUAUUGCGUUCGAGCCGCCCCAAGACGUGAUAUUUGCAUUUCUUCGUUUCUUGAGGGACAGUCUAAGACUAGUCCAUCUGUCCAUUAAUAACCUCUCUGUAGUAGAGAAAUACGUUAAUGGACCGAUGAUGUAUCUACCAGCCUUAGAGCAGGAAUUGGUAUUCGAAGGACGCGAAGAGGUCAACGAGGGACUAGAAGGUUUGAUCGAAGAGAUCAAGCAAGACUACCGGGAUGACGGAUCGGACGACUUGUUUAGCUUGUCCGAUGGCGAGCAUGAGGAUGAUUGA